AUGGAUAAUUACACAUCUGGAUUUCUUCUCUUGGAAUUCUCUAGGAUUGGAAACAUAUGGAUUAUGUAUGCAGCUCUCCUGUUGUUAUUGUACUUACUGACUGUAACGGGGAACUUCCUCAUCAUCAUUGCUGUUGUUUUUGGCCACCACCUUCACACCCCCAUGUACUUCUUCCUGAUGAACUUAGCCAUGCAGGACAUUGGUUGGGUUUCAGUCAUUCUACCCAAAGCUGUUUUUAAUUGUCUUAUGAAUGUAAGGUAUAUUUCCUAUUCAGGGUGUGUUGCUCAAGUCCUGUUCCUUCUCUUCUUCGUGGUCUCUGAUAUUCCCCUCCUUACAGUCAUGGCAUAUGAUAGGUAUGUUGCCAUUUGCAAUCCUUUACAAUAUCAAUUAGUAAUGAACAGGAAAGCUUGUGCCAAAAUGGUUGGCUGUGUGUGGCUUGCCAGUUUUCUCAAUGCUUUACUGCACACCACUGAAACGUUUACCACUCCUUUCUGCUCUAAUGCUGUCAAUCAGUUUUACUGUGAAAUCCCCCAUUUACUUAAGAUUGCCUGCUCUGGUUUAUAUAAAACUGAAAUUGGACUUCAAUUAUUCAGUGCUAUAAUAGCAUUUGGUUGUUUUGUUUUUAUUGUUGUUACAUAUGUGGAGAUCUUCUCCACUGUUCUGAGAAUUCCUUCUGUUCAAGGAAGGAAAAAGGCCUUUUCCACAUGUCUGCCACACCUUAUUGUCUUCUCCAUAUUUUUGUUUACUGCUUGCUUUGCUUAUUUAAGGCCCCUUUCUAACACACCACCAAACCUUGAUUUCAUAAUUACCAUAAUGUAUUCCAUUGUUCCACCCCUGCUAAAUCCAUUAAUCUAUAGCAUGAAAAACAAGGAUAUCAAAGUUGCUCUUUCAAAAAUUCAGAGGCCAUUUCUGUUUGAAAACCUGUGA